AUGGACCAGCCCUUAGAGGCGCCCGUAGCUCCCAUUGAUCCGUUGUUUGACAUCCCUGCUGAUUUUGACAUGGACCUUGUUGACCCUGAGCCUGUCAUGGCCCCAGAGCCUGUUGUUGCUCCUGAUCCUGCACCAGAGCACGACCAUGUACUUGAUGAUGCACCAGCUCUUGCACCACCCAUUGCUGACCUACCCAUUGUUGCACCACCAUUGGUGGACGACCCUAUUGUUGAUGUACCAUUACCUGAUCCCAUGCCGGCAUUGCUUGACCGUGCACCUUUCGCCGCACACAUAGAUCCUCGUUAUGCCGACACCCGCAACGGGUGGAUCGAGGAUGAUGACGAUUACCCACCGUUUGUGCUACCUGUCACUCCUCCAGUAGCACCUGUUUCUGCACCCACUGAUAUUCCAUUGUUUCCCACACACACCACUGACGUUCAUCGCACUGAUCUUCCCAUUACAUUCCUCCAGGACAUACCGCCACCUCAUCCUAGAGAAGGUUCAUCGAGGCAGCCGUCUGUUUCUGUCCCACCCGUACUGUCAUCAUCAUUUCCGUUUCAGUCACAGUUUCCUCAUGUUGCACCACCUACUGCACCGUCUUUCAUACCAUCGAGCGACCCAUUUUUGUGGAGUACACCCCAUGUUAUGCCAUUGUCUGACCCGUACCACCCAUUUCACGUGGGGUACACUACGGAGGAUAUACUUGCGUCGCUGCAGUUACAGUAG